ACUUAGUUGCAUUUUUGGAGAGGUAUUGUUGUUGCUUGAAGCAGAAGCUGGUUUGACAGAAAAGUUUUACACUUUUCCCUCAUCAGAAGAAAAGAAAAGAACAUAAUUUUUCUCAACAGUUUAUUCUUUCUUGCCAUCAAUUUCCAAGAAAAGGAUCAUCUGAAACUUCAUCACUGCACCAUCCAUUGAUUACCGCAUCAUCUCAAUUCUUAUUUACAUAUGAAAAACUAUAAGCCAUCUAAACAUGGAUCACAAAGAACAGAAACAUGAAUUCCACCAACCUAUUGGCCUUUGCUAUAAGCUCUACAACUUCAUGAAAUUCUUACCAACACAUCUCCUGAAGCUGCUGACUUCCAGCUGGAUUACGCCUCCCUGUGGAGCUGAUGCUUCUGGAUUGAAUGCUACAAGGACUGAUGCCAGCUCUAAGCCUAAUAAUGCCCAAGUUGUGCCGUCCAUAGCUCAAGAAAACCCUCCACGAGAAGGUGAAGAUAUGGAAUCCAAAACCUACACUGAUGUCCCCAUAACCACUUCCAGCACUGAAGAAGAUGCUCUUCAAGUACUUGAAGACACUGAUAUUGAUGCCAAGAUUCAAGUUCAACCAGAGGAAGCACCACCCGAUAAAGCUCCAAAGAAAAUGGUUAGCAUAAAUGAGAACGUAGAGACAAUAAAAACAAGCAAGAAGAGAAACAAAAAGCAGAAGCGGCAGGAAGCAGAAGCAGAACAGCAAAUGCCUUUGAAAUCAAUUUUAAAGGUGCCUUCUGAUGCUAGUAAUUCUCAAGAACCACAAAGGCUUCUUAGUCGUGCCAAUGGUGCAUGAACUACAAAGUAUUGUUUUUAUACAUAUAUAGUCAACACCGUCUUCCUUUUUAUCGAUGUAAAUAAUGGAUAUUAAUUUGUUCAACGAUUAGAUCUCUUGAAAUUAUAUAAUAAAUUUUGAGAUCGAAUCUAUUCGUACAAGGUU